CCAAAGAAGAAGAACUGACCGGCCAUAGCUGUAGCCGUAGGGGAGCCGGUGGAGGGUGUUCAGUUCUCCUUUAAUUUUCACUUUAAAUCAUCAAAACGUCGUACGCAAUGAGAGGGGACCGCGGCAGGGGCCGGGGAGGCCGCUUUGGGUCCCGAGGAGGACUGGUGCAGGGGUAUCGUCCAUUUGUCCCACACAUCCCAUUUGACUUUUACGUGUGUGAGAUGGCGUUCCCCAGAGUGAAGCCUGCGCCUGAUGAGACGGCAUUCAGUGAAUGUCUGCUGAAGAGAAACCAGGACCUAAGCCCCACGCCAGCAGAGCAGUCAUCCAUCCUGUCUCUGGUCACAAAGAUCAACAAUGUCAUCGACAACCUGAUCGUUGCUCCAGGAAACUUUGAAGUGCAAAUUGAAGAGGUGCGUCAGGUGGGGUCCUACAAGAAGGGCACGAUGACAACGGGACACAACGUUGCUGAUCUGGUAGUGAUCCUCAAGAUCCUUCCGACAUUGGAGGCUGUCGCCGCACUGGGAAACAAAGUGGUGGAGACUCUUCGGACACAGGAUCCAACUGAAGUCCUCUCCAUGCUGACCAAUGAGACGGGCUUUGAGAUCAGCUCAGCUGAUGCUACCGUCAAGAUCCUGAUCACAACUGUCCCCCCAAACCUGCGCAAGUUGGACCCCGAGCUGCACCUGGACAUUAAGGUCCUGCAGAGCGCCCUCGCUGCCAUCCGCCACGCCCGCUGGUUUGAGGAGAAUGCCUCCCAGUCAACGGUCAAAGUGCUGAUCCGCCUGCUGAAGGACCUGAGACUGCGUUUCCCCGGGUUUGAACCCCUCACACCAUGGAUCCUUGACCUGCUGGGUCAUUUUGCAGUGAUGAACAACCCAUCGCGUCAGCCUCUGUCUCUGAAUGUGGCGUACAGACGCUGCCUGCAGAUGCUUGCCGCUGGUCUCUUCCUGCCUGGCUCUGUGGGGAUCACAGACCCGUGUGAGAGUGGGAACUUCAGGGUUCACACAGUCAUGACUCUGGAGCAGCAGGACAUGGUUUGUUUCACAGCUCAGACUCUGGUCAGGGUUCUCUCUCAUGGAGGUUACAGAAAGAUCCUUGGUCUGGAGGGAGAUGCCAGCUAUCUGGUGACGGAGAUGUCCACAUGGGACGGCGUGAUUGUCACACCAUCAGAGAAAGCCUACGAGAAACCUCCGGAGAGGAAGGAGGAGGAGGACGAGGCUCUGGAGGAGGGAGGAGAUGGAGAGGAUGAGAGCAUGGAGACCCAGGAGUGACGAAGAUGAUUUUAGAGAUAUUUGUGAUUUUUUUAAAGCAGCCGAGUCGUAAACCAGCAGCAGGAAAUGUCCGCUGACUUGUUCACAGAGAGGACUGGCUUCAUUAUUUCUGUCAGUUUUUAUUGUUUUAAUUUUUAUUUCUUUGUAACAGUGACAUCCUGAUUAAAAGUUUUUUUUAGUUAA